ACAGGAAGCAUGAGAUGAACACGCGUCUCUCAGCAAGUUGUAAAUACACGCCAAACUUUCCUUUUAUGUUGGUAAAGAGAGAAGAUUGCAAUGACUUCUACAGUAGGUAGGCUGUGUUUCAGCAACAAGACAGCGCUGGCACCCAUGGUACGUGUGGGCACCCUCCCCAUGAGACUCCUGGCCUUGGACUAUGGUGCCGAUAUUGUUUACUGUGAGGAGCUUAUUGACAUCAAAAUGGUGCAGUGUGAGAGAGUGGUGAAUGAGGUUCUGGAGACAGUGGAUUUUGUCGCCCCAGAUGAAAGAGUUAUGUUCCGCACAUGCAACAGAGAGAAAGAUCGAGUUGUCUUUCAGAUGGGUACAGCAGACCCAGAGAGGGCUUUGGCAGUGGCCCAGCUUGUGGAGAAUGACGUGGCCGCCAUUGAUGUGAAUAUGGGUUGUCCAAAGGAGUACUCCACCAAGGGUGGAAUGGGAGCUGCACUUCUCUCUGAUCCUGACAAAAUUGAAGCUAUUCUGACUACUCUGGUAAAAGGAAUCUGCAAACCUGUGACCUGCAAAAUCAGAGUCUUACCCACGGUGGAGGACACAGUAGAAUUGGUGAAGAGAAUAGAAAAAACGGGAGUGGCAGCCGUUGCGGUUCAUGGAAGAAUGAAGGAGGAGAGGCCGAGACAUCCAGUACACUGUGAUUACAUCCAAGCCGUGGCCAAGACUGUGUCCAUCCCAGUCAUCGCAAAUGGCGGUUCUCAGGACUGGGUGAAGACAUAUUCUGACAUUGAGGUGUUUCGAGAAGCCACGGGAGCCAGUUCAGUCAUGCUGGCAAGAGCAGCCAUGUGGAACGCUUCUGUGUUUCGCAGCCAGGGGGCGCUGUCUGUGGACGAGGUUAUAGAGGAGUACAUCAAAUAUGCCAUUCGCUACGACAACAACAUUUUUAACACUAAGUACUGCCUGUGUCAGAUGUUGAGGGACAGGGUGGAGUCUCCUAUGGGCAAACAGCUCCAUGCAGCCCAGACCAAUGAAGAGAUCUGUGAGGUGUUUGGGAUGACUGACUACUACAAAAAGACUCAAGCAGCUUUAGAGGAGAGAAGGGCUGCGUUGCAGGCCAACCACUGUCAUUCAGAUCAGCCAACACUAGAGGGCGAUAUUAUCACUAUGGCUGUUAGGUUCGAGAGGAGGGAGUACCCACCACAAAUAACGCCAAAGAUGUACCUGCUAGAAUGGAGCCGGAGGGAGAAACUCGAGCAGCCUGUUUAUGAAACGGUUCAGCGUGCCCAAGACAGAGCCUUCCAGUCAACUGUCAUUGUAGCAGAGAAGAAGUAUCGGUCUGCCCUGUGGGAAAAAUCGAAGAAGUUUGCCGAGCAGGCCGCCGCCAUCGUGUGUCUCCGCACGUUGGGCGUACCCGAGGGGAAAAUCGGAGAGAAGAAUUCGGGACUGGUGAACAAGAGAAAACGAGAAGAGAAGAGAAACGGAGAGACUGGGGAGGACUGCACUGCAGCGGAGACGGCCUACAGGAAACGACACAUUACCCAAUCCUCACAGAAAGAGGAAGAGAAAAACUGAUAAACUUGACACGAUCGCAGAGCGGUCGCAUGAACAAACCACACCUUAAAACAAGAGGAGCUCAUCACCACCUACCUCUGAACAUUUCGUGAGAGAACUUCUGACCGAUGUCUGGAGAUGUUUCACUUGCUUAAAAGACAAAACGGCGUGAACUCUGUGACCUCAUUUUAUCCAGAUCACAGACUGUGUGAGAGAUGUGAGAGUUCAUCUGUAAAAAAAAAAAAAAAUGAAUCCCUUUUAAUAUACUGUUCUUAUAUGGCCUUGGAUGACACUCAGACACACACUCUUGUUGGGGCACAACAGCUUUCAGGAGCUUUGGGUUCUUGCAGCUGUACAACCCUGAGCACAGUCCUUAUUUUUUUGUGUGUGUGUGUGUGUGUGUGUGUGUGUGUGUGUGUGUGUGUGUGUGUGAGAGUGAGUGAGUCUCAAGUCAUUUCAGCUGAUGAGAUUAUUAUCCUAUAUGAACACAACCUGCCUCUACAGACGUGUAAAACCAUGACUUCAUAGUGAGGUGGUUCUGGAGGAUUCUGCCUCUAGAUUCCGCUGCCUUUGUCCUCCUGCUCAUACACGUUUUCCCCGCUGUAUUGGUUGACGUUCUGUUCUCGUGUGAACUGCUCUGCUGGUCCGGGGGGAAAGUGCAGGUGAACAGGAUCAGCUGGAGUGGCUUUACUGAAGGUUUUUUAGGGCUGUACCCUUCAGUGGGUAAAACUACAUGACAGAGGGGGGCAGCACACACCUUGCUGUUUGAGGGACUUAGCACAGAAUAACACCAGACGUGUAAAACUGGAAGAUUUUUGUUCGUUGUGUGUCGAUGAAAAUGCACACACUUAUCUGGGCAGAGGAUCUUAGAUGAGACUUAAGAUAAGAGAUGAGACAAUGCCUUUUUGUUAUGCAUGAGGCAAAAGGUCACCAUGGAUAGUGUU